AUGUUGGCACUUAUACUAUUACUCAUCGUAAGAGCAAUAUAUGUUAUCAGAGGCAUACGAUCGGAAAAGCCAGAUCUGGCCCGCAGAGAUCCAGUCAAGACACUUGUAGUUUUGGGUUCGGGAGGACACACCACGGAAAUGAUUCAACUGCUACAACAACUUAAGCAUGAAUCAUAUACUCCUCUGGUUUUCGUUGUCGCAGACACUGACAUAACGAGUAUGAGACGCGUCGAAGCUUUCGGUGCUCGUCAGCCGGACUCAAUCUAUCGCAUCCCAAGGAGUCGAGAAGUUGGACAGAGUUACUUGUCAUCCAUUGUCACGACGUUGUGGUCAUUUCUUCACGCCUUUGGGAUCGUGCUUAGGAUACGGCCAAACGUUCUCCUCUGCAAUGGCCCUGGGACAUGCCUUCCAAUUGCCAUUGUAACUUUAGCAUAUCGAAUACUGGGCCUCUGUGAAGGAAGGAUUAUUUUUGUUGAGAGUUUCUGUCGUGUGCAGAGCCUUAGUCUGACAGGCAAACUGCUGUACCAUGUUGUCGACUUGUUCGUAGUUCAUUGGGAAAGCUUGCAGACAAAAUUUCCAAGAAGCAAGGUUGUAUCAACCUUUGUUCCACACAGAAAAACUUGA